ACCUCUCCCUGCUGAAAGCAGUGGAUGAUUUGUUGCGUUGUGGGAUAUGCUUUGAUUACUUUGAUACUGCAAUGAUCAUACCACAGUGUUCACAUAACUGGCGUCUCUAUACUUAUGACUAAAUUGGCACUGCUGCGAUCGAUUUAGCGGUGUCGAUUUGGUGGAUCUGGUGAAGACAAGCUAAGUCAAUGGCAGAUGAUGACAUCUGUACUCCAUCUCCCCGAGAGGCGGGAAAUUGUUCCCUUUGUAUACGCAAAUUUCUGUCUUACAAAACUCAAUGUCCAACAUGUUGUGUGGCAGUCACGGAACCUGACCUGAAAAAUAACCGGAUAUUAGAUGAGCUGGUAAAAAACUUUAAUUCUGCAAGGCAGCAACUGUUCGAGUUGGUCUUGGAUUCAUCACCAGUUUCUCCUUCAACAAACUAUACCAAAUAUUCUACUGGCAAAGGUCAUGCUGCGGGUUCCAUGGUUGGUUCAGCUUUAAAACAAGACAGACAACUUAUAGACCAUUUCUUGAUAAAGGAAAACACUCAGACCCCUAAAAGGACAUCUGUAGCUGCUGAGGUGGACUAUAAAGGUUGCAACAAUGAACAAGAAACAGAUAAUAGAUGUUGUAGUUCUGCAGAGACUCAUGAUGUGGUCAGUGAAGGGAUGGCAGCCACAAGUCCCGAAGGCAUGAGAAAUCCUGAGAAACCCUCUACAUCUGUAAUGAAAGUAGUUACAAAAGUGGAUUGUCCUGUGUGUGAGGUUGCUAUUCCAGAGCAAUAUAUAAACAGACACCUAGAUAGUUGUUUGACGAGAGAUGAGAAAAAGGACAGUCUCAGAAGUUCUGGUCACAAAAGGAAGUCCCUGCCUAAAGUCGUUUACAACUUACUUUCUGACCGUGAUUUGAAGAAGAAGCUAAAGGAACGUGGGCUGUCUAUCCAAGGAACCAGGCAACAGCUCAUUAAAAGACAUCAAGAAUUUGUGCAUAUGCAUAAUGCUCAAUGUGAUUCUUUAAAUCCCAAAUCAGUUGCAGAAAUAGUGAAAGAGCUUGAAAACAACGAGAAAACUCGGACUCAACUUGAAUUUAAUAAAGCUGGUGAAAAUAGCAUGACAUUUACAAAGGACCAGACAGAAAAGGAAAUAGAUGAGAUUCACACCGAUUAUCGGAAUAAACAUAAAGGUGAAUUUCAGCUUUUAGUGGAUCAGGUAAAUAACCGAUGGAAGAAAACUGGUAAAAGGAAAAUCGAGAGCUUACAAGAAAGAGAAGCACCCACUGCUGAAGAACAGACUAUGGACACAGGAGAACAGAAUAUUAAAAAACAACGCACUGACCAGAACUUUGUAACAGAUCAGUUACCUAAAGCCGAAAUACCUGAUUCUGACACAAGCAAUAAUUUGGCUGAGGACUCAGAAUCUCUUUCUCCUCCAUUCUCAGAGUCGUCGGGAUCAGCAAGGAGCUCCAGCUCAGAUAUUUUGAGAGAUCUGCAAGAAGUUGAGAUGGUUUCAGAGUCAUCAGAUAACAGCUUUCCAGAUGUAAAAGUUAGCAAACGAAAAUCACGUCGCCCCAAAACACCAGAAAGUGGUCAAGUACUUCCCAGGAGUAAGCAGCGGAAGAACUAGCAAUAUGGUCACCUUACUUCUAAGCCUAUGCAGUCAACUGGAUGCUGUACAACGUUUCCAUACAGACUCCUUAUUUUUUCCCAGCAUAUCUGGAGCACUUAAGAAUUUAAAGCACUGAAAUUAUGUGUAUUCAUAUCAUUUUAACUGCCUUGAAAUAACGGAUUUACUUUAUGCUUGCAUCAAAUGUGUUUGCUUACAAUACCAUAGGCCAUUUCACUUUAAGAAUGGACAUACAGUAUCAGUAUCUUUCUAUAAACAUUUAACUCUUCUGCCCAUAUUUUUAGCAUGACAGAUAUAGUGUAUUGUGGGGGAAAUGGUUUUUAUCAUUUAGGACCAAAUUUUGACACCUUUUCCUCACCUUGAAGAGUAGUUUGCUCCACAAGUAGCCCUCUUGAGAUCAGUGUGACUAGUUGUGGAGCAAGGUGUUGCUUAAUGGACAAGACUGGCACCUUAUAAAGGACAAUGCGGUGUUGCACUGGUUCAGGAGCAGAGCACCGACCAAAUGGUGAUUGUCUCAGUUGAAUCCCUACUUCCCCCUUGCUGGAAGUGGGGAAGUAGGCUUUGCUGGUUCAUUUCCUUGCACUGCUUACCUCCACUCUGCUGGCUCAAUUGGUUGACUGGUGCACGGUGGGAGGCAGAGACAGAAGACUGACUCCCUAUCUACUGGUAUAGGAGAGAGCAUGUAGCUGUCUGAUGCUGACUCCUCUGUACUGGGUGGUAGGGGAUGCAUAGGCCAGCUCACAGCGGGGACCAGUGUGAAUAAGGAUUUCAGAAUCUGUCCCUUAACCACUGCAUAAAUAGAUAAACAGGGGCCUGCAUUUAAAAUGUCUACAUUUCCUAGGAAUUACUGUAAAAUGUUCAACAUGCCACCAGGAGACAAACCAUACUGAAGAAUAAUCUAAAUCUAGUGACCUUUUGUAUUGUCAGCAUUUUAUCUUAAAUGUAUGUGGCAGUUGGGCUCUGUUUGCAUGGGUAUUAACCAAAAUCCUUGCCUUUUUGAAAUCCGAAGGCGGAUGAUACUGCAGGGGGAUUAGUAUAUUUGGUCGCUUUGGAGUAAUUUGAUUUUGCAGGUGGUAUAAAUAUUUCAUAUUUCAAACCAUUUCAGUCCCAAAGCAAUAUGCUGUGUGAGAAUGUAUAUUCGUAAGGUUAUUCUUAUUCCUUAGUAUUCUUUCAUUAUUGCAAUUUAACCAUUAUGUUGAAAUUGGAGAUUCUAUGGUUCUCAGACUUCAAUUAUUCUAGCUGUGAAAUAAAUAUUAAAAUGUAUAUAUGCAUAUUUUAAUAAAGUUAGGAGUUUUCCUAGUUGAAAGCAAUACGAGAAAAUUAAAGGAGCUCUUUCCUUUAAAUAGUACGAAUGCAGAGGAAACACAUUCUCCAUUAAUUUAAAAAUUAUCAAAUUUCGUCUUAGGAAGCAAAGUCUGCACUGGUCAUGACUUGUCUUUGUGUUUUGUGUGACACACAAAAUCCCAAAACUGGUUAAGGUGGAUGGUUCUGUGAAUUUAUAUUUUAAAAUACAGUUUUGAGGUCUGAGAUUACCCAUGCUUCUACUGGGCAAAUUGCUUACUAUUAGGGUAUUCCCAUUCAACCCAUGGUAUUAAACAAUACACCUGGUCUAAUGGGCAUAUCUGCAGCUAGAGCAAACUGUCAUAGCACAGAUGAUAAAUAAGAGAUUGGAUGUUAAGAUUUUCAAUUACAGCAAUCUCUUUGGGAGAAGGUAGCUACUAACUCCAUUUAUUAGGUCAUUGUAUUGUGAUUCAUGGCAACUAACAGAAGCAGGAUGUAAAUUCCACACAAUUAUAUAGAGAAAGCUAUAACAUUUUUUUAUAUCGGUCACAUCUCUUGACUUAAAUGGAGCUAUGACAGCUUAUACCGGCCGAGGAUGUCCUCAGUGGGUUUGCAGACAAGGUCCUUGGUUUUUUUUAUAGGCCUGUUUUUACAACAUGUUGGGGUUAGUAAGAUACUUUAAAAAAAAAUCAAUAUGAUUUUACUCACUGCUAGGCAUGGACAACUGCAUCAAGGAACAUUUAACCAAUACUAGCACAUACAUGGAAUUUAACCGCAGAGACAAGUGUGAAUAAAAUUUGAGGAGCAACAACAUCUGGGCCUUUACAUUGCUUGUUAAUCUGUCACUAGUUGUGCGAACAGGAGGCUCUGAAUCUGAUGAAAUGUUAAGGAGUAUUAUAGCUCAGUUGAAGUAGUGAGUAUCUUUAGUUUGUUAAUGUUGGUACAAAAGGCAACUGUUUAAGAUUAUAGAAUUGCCAGCUUGUUUUUAAAGAUGUGCAUUUGCAAAGAUAAACACAUGAGGGUGUAAACAAAAAUAAAUCCCUUUAUAAAAACCACUGUAUCUUGGUGGAGUUGGAUCUGUUAGUUUUCCUGUUCAUGGUGUGUGCUCCUUGUGCUCUGGAUAUCACUAGUACAUGAGGUUAUUUCUGUAUACUCUGCAGACAGUUUUGGAAGCAGUCACCCUGAAACAGUGAAAUGUUUAAAACAUAAUAUUUUGUGAAAGUUAAAUACAUGGCAAAAUUCAGGAUAUUCUAGGAAAAUCAUGUGAAUGAUUGAAGGCUGUGUUCCAGAGAUCUAUUCUCUCAGUAUACUCUGUUCCCUGAGCAUCAAAAUGGCCCUAUGUCUUAUACAUAGAUGAUGGAAAAUCAGAAAUCAUUAAACUAGAGUGAUGUCAUUGCAAGCAAUACAGUAAGAUAGAUAGAUAUAAAAUAAUUUAAAAGAAGAAAUCUGCUGGUUAGUGUUUUUAUAUGUUUUCCAAUUUGUUUUCAUUGCUGAUUGUUUUAAUUCUUUUUAUUUUGUGAUACUGUCUGCUAAUGUCUCUUUCUAAUAAAACUCUACAAAUG